AAGAAGUGUAUAGCUAGCUCUAGUGGUUUGUCUUUGCUGCUGAAUUGCAGAGAUAAAACAUACACAAUGACCAAACUGCAGCUGCUGCACCGCGCGCUGAACGAGCGUCUGAUGGCGGCGGUGGAGCAGAUCAUGGAGAUGGUCGGCGACACGGUGCUAGAGUAUGAAGAAGAGACGAUCCGUGCCCGGAAAGAAAACGAGGUUCUAAGACGGAGGCUCCGGUGGAUGGAGGGGGCAAAUCGAGCCGACUGGCCAGGCCCAUCAGAACCUGUUAUGCUUUCCACAAUGGACGAGGCCAAUCCAUCACGGCAAGAUGAGUGUGCUGCCAACUUCGGAUUUGUACAGCAAUCAGAAUCUCUUGAAAUCAAAACAGAGUCGACUGAUCUCCCACUGUGCAUUAGACCUGAAAGCAGUGUCACCACAUUUCCUCAAAGCAUCGAUCAGGGAUCUGACAAUGCCGGGACAGGCGCUGGCAUUGCCUAUGGCCUGACAGACAGUAUGACCUGGGACUCUGGCCAAAGUUACAUGGCCCCUCUGGACUUUGAUCCAACUUCAGGUCCCUCCAGGGUCCGGCGCUGGAGAGGACGCAACAGAAGGCAGAGGAUGUCCUUUGCCUGUCCAGACUGUGGUAAAGUCUUUGGGAGGGAACAGAGGCUGAUGGUUCAUAUGCGGAUUCAUUCCACUGAGAGGCCUUAUGCAUACCGCCGGCGCAAGGCGUGCUUCUACGGUGACAAUAGGAAAAAGAGAAAACUGCACAGGCUCUCUCAGCUAUCAAGAGAAAUUGUGGAUGAUCUGUCAGAUGGCUCUGAGCAGACGAACAGGAGCAGUGCAUCGCCUGAACAACUAGAAACUACUGCACCAGGUCAAGAAGAAGAGCCUGAGAGUGACCAUACCAGCAGUGAUAAAGAACCAGAAAAGAGAAUUACCACCUCUGUGCGGAAUCAGCACGAAAAGAAAGUUGUAAACCAGAUGUGUCAGUGCCCUCAUUGCCCUCAUCGGGUGUUCGCUCGGCCCUGUCAAUUAGCCAUGCACAUGAAGACCCACACGGUCACAACUCAUGUCAACCGACCCACCCAAGCACAGUCAGGAACUCGGGAGAUAGUGGAUGUGAACAGGAUUUUACCCAAGAGGCAAAGAAAAAAAAAUGUGGAGAAGAAGGCCAAAGUUGCUGACAAGCAUGAGCACCAUUGUCCAGACUGUGACAGAGUCUUCUCUUAUGCAAGUCGGUUGCGUUUCCACAUGAAGUCCCAUAAUUCCAAAAAGGCUUUAUUACGCAAAACUCUGCCAAUCAAGACUGAGGUGACUAAAGAAGACACAACAGAGGCCGAGCUAAAGAAAACAUAUGCCUGCCCACAUUGUGAUAAAUUGUUUACUCGUGAAGGAUGGCUGGGACCGCACAUUCGCUCUCAGCACAAGGAAGUAAAGAACAGGAGUGAUUACGUUAACAUGUUUGCCAGUAGACGUACAAGAGCACAACAGCCUUUCACCAUGCAAUUUCGUAAGCGCACAACUACGAAGUGGGGAGAAGUCACUAAGGACCCGAGACUGAAAAACCAGAAAACUAAAGAAUCAAGAAGGGUCAAGGCUGAACUACUUCAAACAAAUGAUGAGUCCAUCCUGGAUGUUGAUGUUUCCACAAUCACAAAUGAUGAGGCUGAACAAAGUGCAGAUCCUCCUAUAAUGAGCACAGAUGAGGCUGAACAAAGUGAAGAUCUUCUGAAAACAGGCACAAAUAAGGCUGAACAAAGUGAAGAUCUUCUGAAAACGGGCACAGAUGAGGCAGAACAAAGUGAAGAUCUUCUGAAAACAGGCACAAAUGAGGCUGAACAAAGUGAAGAUCUUCUGAAAACAGGCACAAAUGAGGCUGAACAAAGUGAAGAUCUUCUGAAAACGGGCACAGAUGAGGCAGAACAAAGUGAAGAUCUUUUGAAAACGGGCACAGAUGAGGCAGAACAAAGUGAAGAUCUUCUGAAAACUGGCACAAAUGAGGGACAACAAAGUGCAGAUCUUCCUAAAACGGGCACGGAUGAGUCAGAGAACCCUUCUGAGCAAUCAAAUCUGAAAAAGAUGUUUCCAUGCAAAACAUGUGGCAAAGAGUUUGUUAUGGAGAAGAGGCUAAAGAAGCACUCAAGGAAACAUAUAGGACAUAAGUUGCAGAAUGAAAAGAAAAGAAAAAGAGCGCAAGCUCUAAUGGAAACGGAGCUUGAGGAACAAGAAACAAGGAGAUCGGAGGGAAAAGAGAGGCUUGAUGAUAAGAUGUCAAGUAAUCACAACCCAAAUACUGCGCAGAUGCCUCAAGGAUCCCCCAAAAAAGAGGCAUUACAAAAAACCAAAUCCAGAGGUCAAGGGCCACUACCCUGCCCAUUUUGUGGCAAAGUUUUUGCUUGGGAAAUGCGGCUAUUAAUGCAUAUGCAGAUUCAUUGUGGUGAGAAACCUUAUGCCUAUCGGCAGCGCAAGAGACGUUUUUAUGGUGACCUGAAAAGGGGCCAGCUCCCGAAAAUCCAUAGUCAGGAGGGUCCUGCAUGCCAAACCAAUUCCACUGAUGACAACUCUAGCGAAUUCAAGAUACAUCACUGCUUUUACUGCAAUCAGCCACAUAAUAGAAUGAUGGAUCAUCUUCAGUCAGUUCAUCCUAAUGAACCAGAGGUGGCAAAAGCCCUUACCUUUGACAAGAGCUCACAAGAAAGGGAACAACUUUUGAACCUUCUACAAACUAGGGGAAAUGUUCUACACAACACAAAUGUGGUUCAAAGUAGUAAACAAGAUUUAAAACCAUUUGGCAAGGACAAAUCUGCUCAAAAUGCUGAAUAUAGCUGUGGUGAAAUGCUUCCUAUUGCUGGGCCCAUUCCUCCAGCUCCUACACUUAUUUCCCCCUCUAGUUCAGAGGAGAUUGAUGCCAAAAUAGAACCAUCAGGUUUUCAUUGCCUAAAUACCAUCUAUGAAACAGAUUUUGAAAACGAGCAAGGAAGUUCUUCCAAUCCAGACCUCAGCUGCAAUGAAGAGCAACCAGACAUCUCAAGUCCAAAUGAUGAGGUUAGAAAUGGUAGAAAGGCAGAGGGUGCCUUUUUACAAUUCAGGCAUUCUCCUGAAAAUGAAGUAGGUUACGAAUUGAAGUCUGAUAAUUCUCCCAAUCCUAGCACGGCUCAAGAACCAACAGACUGUAUGAACGAAGGAGUAAGUCUGCCAAAGUGUGAUGUUGAUCAAGAAAGGGCAAUGACACCAACAUCAGACACCAGUCCUCAUCCAGAAUAUGAUGUUCUCAGAAAUCCAUAUGAUGAUUUCAGUCCACCUGAAAAUGCCCAAACUCUGUCUUAUGACACACAAAAGAGUAGCGUGAAAGCCCAAACUUGUGAAACAGGGAAGAAGAGGUGCUCACGUGUCGAUAAUCAGCCACUGAUCAAGGAUGAUGACUUGGUGGGUGAAGGAGAGAUGUCCAACUCAGAACUACAUGUCUGCCAGCACUGCAAGGCAACUUUCGGCAGUCCAUACAUGCUGCACAGACAUGAACACACUCACACAGGGGACACACCAUCUAGUGCAGACCAGGAAAAACUGAAAAGGGCAAAGAGAUUAAUUCAAGAUGUAGAAACUUCAAUGAUGGAUGAAGCUAGUAUAGAGCCAUCAACAAAGAGUCCUGAGGAUUUACCAAAUGCUGUUACAGAUGACACAGGGGAAAAGUUGCAGCCAUAAAGCAAGGUAAAGUUACUGCUGGUCAUGCAACCCUAAAAAGCAUCAAAAGACACAAUAAGAAUUUCUUAUCCAUACUUUUAAAGCUUGUAACUUUUUUGGACUGAAUAUCCUUUUGUUUUAGACACAGAGGUGAGAGAGAUCCAAUUUGAAGAAACAGGACAGCAAAAUCAAAGACUUUGAAAAGGAUUGCGAGAAGACAUUACAUCUCACAUUUGUUUUUUAAAUAUGUUUUAUAAUAUUGUCUCAGUCUAAUGGGUUUAAUACUUUUACAGAAUGAUUAAUUUCAGCCUGCUGUACUGUACAGAUCAUAGCAUAUGUUUUUUUUAAAUUCUUAUUAACUCCAGACUGAGAAUAAAAAACUUUAGAG